GAGAACAGGCCCACACGCACGCCCGCUGCACAUAACCGAGCCUGCAGAUCCUUCUCGACACCGAUCCGGGUCUCGAACCUUCGCUUCCUGCACCGCUCGUCUCCCCGAAGGGAUCGAUCCUGUCGCUGGCGACGCACGGGGACGUGAUAUGAUCACGGCUUGAAAACAAGGCACUGAAGCAGAGAUCCGAACCGUUUUCACGGGAUCCCCCUCCCCUCCUCCCUCCCUGCCUCCCUCCUGCGUGUGUACCUGUAACCCACGGAGAAGGCCGCUGCAGACACCAUGCCCGGGUUUGAUUACAAGUUCCUGGAAAAGCCAAAGAGGAGGUUUCAGUGUCCGCUCUGCAGCAAGGCGAUGCGGGAGCCGGUCCAAGUGUCAACCUGUGGGCACCGGUUCUGUGACACCUGUCUGCAAGAAUUCCUCAGUGAGGGUGUCUUCAAGUGUCCAGAAGACCAGCUGCCGUUGGACUAUGCCAAGAUCUACCCAGACCCAGAGCUGGAGCAGCAGAUCCUGGCUUUGCCCAUUCGCUGCAUCCACAGUGAGGAAGGUUGCCGCUGGACCGGCCAGAUGAAGCAGCUCCAGGGUCAUUUCUCCACCUGCGCCUUCAAUGUGAUUCCCUGUCCCAACCGUUGCGCCGUCAAGCUGACGCGCCGCGACUUGCCUGACCACCUGCAGCACGACUGUCCUAAACGCAAGGUCAAGUGUGAGUUUUGUGGCAGCGAGUUCACCGGUGAGGCCUACGAGAAUCACCAGGGAGUUUGUCCUCAGGAGAGCGUUUACUGUGAGAACAAAUGUGGCGCCAGGAUGAUGCGUCGUCUGCUGUCCCAGCACAGCAUGGCCGAGUGUCCCAAACGCACACAGCCCUGCAAGUACUGCGGCAAAGAAUUCGUUUUCGAUACAAUCCAGAACCAUCAGUACCAUUGCCCUCGAUUUCCUGUGCAGUGCCCAAACCAGUGUGGCACGCCCAAUAUUGCCCGAGAGGACCUGGCAAACCACGUGAAGGACAACUGUGGCAGCGCACUCAUCCUCUGCCCGUUCAAAGAUGCCGGCUGCAAACACAGGUGUCCCAAAUUGGCUAUUGGACGCCACCUGGAAGACACCACAAAGUCACACCUGACUAUGAUGUGUAACUUGGUGGGGCGCCAGCGACAGGAGAUCCUGGAGCUGCGGCGAGAGAUGGAGGAAUUAUCCGUUAGUCACGACGGCAUUCUCAUCUGGAAGCUUAACGACUACUCUCGCAAACUCCAGGAAGCCAAACUUCGGAGCAACCACGAGUUCUUCAGCCCUCCCUUCUACACCCAUCGCUACGGCUACAAGCUGCAGGUCUCCGCCUUCCUGAACGGUAACGGCAGCGGGGAGAGCUCGCACCUCUCGGUCUACAUCCGGGUGUUGCCUGGUGAAUACGACAACCUGUUGGAGUGGCCGUUCUCCUACAAAGUGACUUUUUCCAUCCUGGAUCAGAGUGACCCUUCGCUUUCCAAACCGCAGCACAUCACUGAGACCUUCAACCCAGAUCCCAACUGGAAGAACUUCCAGAAGCCCUGCAGCAACCGUAACUCGCUGGACGAGAGCACCCUGGGCUUCGGCUACCCCAAAUUCAUCUCUCACGAAGAGAUCAAGAAGAGAAACUACAUUCGAGACAACUGCAUCUUCAUCAAGGCUUCUAUAGAGAUUCCCCAGAAGAUAAUGGCUUAAGGUCUGGUCUUUUUUGUUUUAAUGAAGGACAAAGAUGGGUUAAAGACUGGAUCCCUUAACCUGGAAAACAUUUGCCCUUUAGAUACUUUUUUCUGCCCUGACAGCCUCUCGACCACAGAGCUUGAAGCUAGUCCGUUUGGCUUUGUUGGCUAACUUGGAGUACGCUGAUGUAUCACAGAGAAGAAAGUGUUUGGUCUGCACAACCAUCACUCUCUGGUGUAUUUUUUGUUUUGUUUUUUUUUCUUUCUCAAAAUCUACAACAAAAAAGCCUUGGAAAUCAAACAGUGCCUAGAGUGUUUAUCUUAAGUUAUAUUUUUGUUGUUAUUUCUGCAGUAAAGAUAUUCUGAUUAUGGGAGUAAAGGGCUUCAUUGAGCCUUUGCACUUACAAUAGACACAAAGGUAGAACCUCGUUAAGAGAUGAUGCCGUUUUAUCCAUGAUCAAAAGAGAAAUGAGUUCAGCAGACCCCAGUUGAAGCCUGUCCACCUUUUGUUAACAUGCUCGUACGGUGUCCUUCCUACCAACAGCCCUUAGUGAGCGACUUCUUGUGAGGUUUGUGGACACAAUUUACCAAACGCUUGCUUUCAGGUGAGAACCUUGACCUUCCAAUCUUCACAUAUGCAAUUAAACAUGCCACUCCAAAUGUUGAAAAA